ACGCUGAUCAACGAUCAAUAUGUGCUGACCGCAGCGCAUUGUGUACGGGGCUUUAAUAGGCGCAUCGUCUCCGUGCGUCUACUCUCACACAACCGCACCGAUGGGCGUGUGAACACAAUUGAUCGCCAGCUGGAUUCGAUUAUAGUGCACGCUGGUUAUAGUGGCAGGAAUUUGGAUAAUGACAUCGCACUAUUGCGUUUCACCGAACCACUUAUGUUGCGCGAGCCACUGCGCCCAGUUUGUCUCGCUGAGGCUGGCAAGACAUACGAGGGCGAAAUGGCUGUAGUCACUGGCUGGGGUGCCGUGAAGGAGGGUGGCUUCAUCGCGGAUCGCUUGCAGGAAGUGCAAGUGCCCGUCAUGUCGCAGGAGACCUGCCGCAAGAGCAAAUAUGGCGCCGAUCGUAUUACGGAUAACAUGCUUUGCGCUGGCUACACUGAGGGCGGCAAAGACUCUUGCCAGGGUGAUAGCGGUGGGCCACUACAUGUAAGCCACAAUGAAACGAAGACUUAUCAGCUGGCUGGCAUUGUAUCUUGGGGUGAGGGUUGUGCACGUCCGAAUGCACCCGGCGUCUAUACGCGUGUCACGCAGUACUUGGAUUGGAUUGAGCAGCGCACACGUGAUGCUUGUAAAUGUCAGGCAACAGCGGGAGGUGGGGGUGCUGGCGCGGGCGCGGGUGAAGGCAGUAGUAGUACUGAAAGUGUAGGAGCACAGACUAGUAGCACGGUAGGUAGUAAUCAAAGCGGAGCAGACGUCACUAGCACUGCUGCUUCUGUAGCAAACAAAAAUUGUAACGCUGUAGAAAGUUCUGGAAUAUGA